CUCUUUACAAGUAUCAUAUUAUCACGCACGUCUUUCUCUCUCCUCCUUUUUCUUUUCUCAUUAUUCUGUCUCUCCCUUCUAUAAAAUUUUGGGUUUCUGCCCUUUCUUCUUUCGAAAUCAAAAUAAAAAUCAAGCCCUAUUUUUUUUUUUUCAGACUCAAAAUCGUUUCCAGAAGGGAAAAUUUAAUCCCUUUAUCGUCUUCUUCUGUGAAUCUGGAUAGCCCCGAGCCAUGUGUAUUGCUGAUCCGCUGCCGCAACUGGCGCCGGAGAAAUCCCAGCGACCCGUUGUGAUUCGAUCGGUGUGGUCUGAUAACCUAGAUUACGAGUUCGGGUUGAUACGGUCGGUCGUCGAUGAUUACUCGCUCAUCUCCAUGGAUACGGAGUUUCCUGGUGUCGUGAUCCGACCCUCGGUAGAUCCGACGCUACGGACUUCCCAGGCUACAGCGCACUACGAGGUCCUCAAGGCCAACGUGGAUCGCUUGAACUUGAUCCAGAUCGGGCUCAGCCUCUCAGACAACGAGGGAAACCUUCCUGACCUCGGCACUGCCAACCUCUACAUCUGGGAAUUCAACUUUAAGGACUUCGAUGUGGCGCGUGACGCACAUGCUCACGAUUCGGUUGAAUUGCUGAGGCGGCAGGGGAUUGAUUUCGAGCGGAACCGAGAGUUUGGGAUCGACUCGGUCCGGUUCGCCGAACUGAUGAUGUCCUCGGGGCUCGUCUGCAACGACUUGGUGAGUUGGGCGACGUUCCACAGCGCUUAUGAUUUUGGCUACCUUGUCAAGGUGUUGACUCGGCGUCUUUUGCCAGAUGAUUUGGCUGAUUUUCUGAAGCUCGUGGCGGUGUUCUUCGGGUCAAGAGUCUUCGAUGUGAAACACCUUAUGAGAUACUGCGCGAGCCUGUACGGUGGGCUGGAUCGGGUCUGUCAGGUCCUGGAUGUGAACCGGGUCAUUGGAAAGAGCCAUCAAGCGGGGUCGGACAGCUUGCUGACCUUACAUGCCUUCCAGAAAAUCAGAGAGGUCUAUUUCAGCAAGAACGGGCUUGAUCAGUAUGCUGGCGUUUUAUAUGGUUUAGAAAUUUCGUGAAGUUAAUGCUUUGUAGAUUUCUUCUCUAUUAAAAAGAAUUCAAGUAAAUUUUUGUACACAGUUGCUUCUUAUCAAUCCUAGUAGGUUAUUUCAUUUGGUUUAAUACAUAA